CUCUAACACAGCACAGCUUCUAAUCCGAAUACCACCCGCUCAAUUUUCUGCGAAUCAUUCCUCCCACAUUGCCAUGGUCAUUCGUCAGAUGUUUACCUCAUGUCCAGUCCGUCUCGUAAGCCCGAAAAUGCCGCAUCUGCCGCACCGGUGAGCUCUCAAGGUGUGGCCGCUGGGAGUUCUAGUGCCAGUCCCGUCAGUGCUGCUGCUGCCGCCGCCACUGGGACAGCGAUUCACAGCCCAUCCUCCGAUUCCCUCGAUCUGACUGGCUCGUCCUCCAUAUCUGACCAUGCAUGGCCGUCUGCAAGUGUCUCGCCUGCUGUACCAGCACCCGUACCCGUACCCCCCGGUUCCCAUGUGCCAUCCACAUCCACUCCUCAAUCGUCCGCCGCUCUCAACCAUGUCGACCAAAGCAAUAAGAAAUCACGUCCGCCCACUGCCCCCCAGAGACCCAAUGGACCGUCUCUCCUUACACAAGCGCUGGCUUCUGCUCGUGGAAUUCUACAUUCACACGUUCCUAUCUCCAAUACGGACCAGCGACGUCCCGAGCAGAAGCCUGUACCUGUACCUGUGCCACCAAAUGGAACGAACCGACCUAGCCAGCCUAAAAAUCUGUAUGAACCACACACCGGACACACGGUGACUGGACCUCAAAAUGCCUUCUAUGAACAUAACGAACAAGGCGAUCUGACGCCAACCGGCUAUUUGCAAUUUACCGAGGCCGCUAGAACGAUAUCCGCACCCUCGCUGUCUUCUAUCACCUAUCCAGGGGUUGAUGGUCCUCCACCAUUACCUGUUACGAUGCCGGCCACUAUAAGCACAACUUCGACAUUCCUAGAACGCCGGGACUUUGAAUUUGGAAUUAGAAGUAGAGGACGAUCGUUGGAACGGACAGAAAAGGAACUUCGCCUACGCUUGUCGAAUCUCCCUAAUGCGCAUUCCGAUAACGUCGGAGAUACUUUAUAUUCCUCUGAUAUUACGGCUGCUAAGAUGGCUCCAUCUACCGACGACAAUCCCGAACAGCUUUCCGACGCGCGGGUCCAGUACAGGGCGUGGAGGGUUGAACGCCCCCCUAUCUCGAUGGGUCCGGAGAAAGCAUGGUCUAUUGGUACCAAUGACAUAAUCGGCCACCAAGAUGGACAGGUCGAGAAAUCUAUUACAGAGGUUUUGGCGGGUGUCGAACCUACUCGCAGUCGGAAGGCAAGCCAUAGCCUGCGCUUCUUCAAGGAAGGUCUCCCCGAGGAGAAAGGCCGGCGGAGAGAGUCAAAGUCUGGAGGUCAUCAACGGGAAAAGCAACUACUUUCCAAGGGCUUGCAGUUGGACUUGCUUCGCGAGAAUCAACUGGACGAAAAUGCUGUUUUCCAGAAUCUUACACCAUCACCUCAAUCUAUUGAAGGCGAACAAUCACCUUCUCGUUUAUCGAGCGUGCAGUCUUUUCCUUGGGGCACUGCUGACCUCGAAUCUAUCCCCCCUAAGGCAGUCCAACUAGAUUAUUUUGGCCUACAGAAACCAUCAAAACAUAGUGCCGAUCCCAUUAAGACAGUAUCUCCUCGAGAACAACUUGCAAAUGCUGGAAUUUACAGCGAGCCCAAUGGCUCUGCUGUAGUGUCUGACGAGGACGUGACACAGAUUGGCAGGGAGUCAAGUGAUGUAACGGAGGUUGGUGAGCCAACCGAGGAGGGUGACGAAUCAUCCGAGGAGAAAAUAUCGUCCGCUGUAUUUCUUCCGCAUCAGGGCCUGGAGCAAUCACCAGAGAACGGGUGUAUUAUACCCGAAGAAUUCAAAGUUUCGCAGUCAACCUCUCGCAAACCCCACAGCGAGGAUUUCCAUCCUUGGUUGGUAAAGGCAGAUGAACCCGAAGCUGAUGUUGGAGCAAGGGCUGAAGGACCUGACAGUGGUAAUGUUGACCGUAAGAAUGACACAGCCCUAUAUGUUGAAGAGUGUCCACGAAUAGAUGAUGAAUGUGCUAUCGAGGAUGAGGUCGAGUUUCCCCAGAAAUCUAGUGAUAUAUCUGCAAGGUCGUCCCGGCCGGUUUCUCAGUAUUACGAGGAUAUGGUCCAUGAUCAUCAACUUGGACCAAAGAUGCCCCUCGAUGCAAUUGAACUUAUACCCUAUAAACACCAGGUUGGUGGUCAUACGACCAUUUGGAGGUUUUCCAAGAGAGCUGUCUGCAAGCAAUUAAACAACCGAGAGAACGAGUUUUAUGAAAAAAUAGAAAGAUAUCAUCGUGACCUUUUACCUUUCUUGCCCAGGUACAUUGGUGUUCUCAACGUCACAUUUCAGAAGCAGCCACGACGAAAAUCAACGAUCAGAAAGGAUGAUAGCUACACAUCUGAGAAGAAGGGAAGGGAGCAGGAUAGCCAAGUAAAUGGCAAUAACGGAGUAUCCCUAGGGCUUCCACAGGUUUUUGAUAUUUCGGAUAAAGAGGAUCAGCGCCACCAUCGCAGAAUAGUGAGCCAAUCCUUACAAUCAUCACACACCCCGAUUCCCACAGUUACCUUUGUCGACAACCGUCAUAUACUUCCUCGAAGUUUGCUGCGGCCCACUGUGUCAGUCAGUGGUGAUAACCGUCCAUGGAGUGCAUCUGCCGCAGUGAACCCUCAGUUUUUACGUGACCACAGUACUCAGACGUCCAGCGAGGACACGGCGGUAUCAAAUCGGCCAGUUUUGGAGGAUCGACACGCCAAUAGCUGGGGCGCUACAACUGUCAAUAAGAGACUGCGGAACGAGGUUUUUAACGAUGCUUUUCUAAAGCAGCCCAUCGCAGUACAUAAGCAUCGGAGGCCAGCAUCCCAGCAACGAUCAAUUCCUCGUCGUCCAGUACAGCAACCGAACCGACCUACAAGCUCGGAGAGCGCUUUGCUAGAUCGAAAAAUGGUCGAUGACAGCGAGAGACAGGCUUAUGAGUCAAGUUUCCUAAAGGCACCACCACGUCUUCUACAAAGUCAUAGUGACUUAAGUACAGACUCGAGUUGUCUAAGGCUUGAAGGACUAGACCAUGUGAAAGAUGUCACGGGUACUAGUGCGCCGGAGCCCGAAAUCCUAUCCGAGAAAUUUCCUCACCAGAACCGAAGACGGCGCAAUUCGGGGAGCAAACUUCGGCGAAGGCCACAAGAUGUUACGGAAUCCCGCGGUAAUCUCAAGUAUUUCGAGGACCUGGAUGAAGUCGAAUAUAAGAGGGAUAAUGAGUCACAUACAGGGUUACACACACUUGUCCACGUAGAAAAUGGGCACAAACAAGACGCCGAAGUUGUUGAGAAUGGAUUUGUAGAUAAUCCCAUACCCCAGUCAUACUUCUCAUCCACGGUACCAUCAGAACUUCCAAGUCCGACGACGGAAUUCAAGAAAAUCUCACGACCAGUCAACCCCAAAGAGGCCCAGACCCAGCGUGAUUCGAGAGUUGAAUACUUUCUACUUUUGGAAGAUCUCACCGCUGGCAUGAAACGACCUUGUAUAAUGGACCUGAAGAUGGGCACUCGGCAAUACGGUGUAGAGGCCGGUCCGGGGAAACGAGAAUCGCAACAGCGCAAAUGCGCCGUCACAACGUCGAGGGACCACGGUGUAAGAGUUUGCGGACUACAGUCCUGGGAUGCCAAGUCCCAGACCUACAUUUUCAAGGACAAAUACUAUGGACGAAACCUGAAGGCUGGCUCCGAGUUCCAGGAUGCUUUAACCAUGUUUCUCUACGACGGCGUGGACUAUACAAGCGUUCUACGGCAUAUCCCGACGAUUCUGCAGAAAUUAAACCAACUCGAAAUGACUAUUCGUAGGCUGCGCGGUUAUCGAUUCUACGCGGCCAGCCUCCUAAUGUUCUACGAUGCCGAUGACUCCGACGAGGGUUACGAUACAGCGGCCGAUGACUCUACAACCGACUUCGCGACAGAUGCUGAGGACGCAUGGGAGGCCAGAAAGCGUCGGAGAAAUAAGAAAGAGAUCGAUUUCAAGAUGGCCGACUUUGCUAAUAGCGUGACGGCGGGAGACUUGGCUGAAGAUAAGCCUUGUCCGCCGAAGUAUCCAGAUGAGCCGGACCGUGGUUUCCUUCGUGGUCUCGCAACUCUGAGGAAGUACUUCUUGAAGAUACAGAAGGAUGUACGCAACGAACUAGGAUUGAUUCCCCCACGCAGACAGGAAGAUGAUGGAAGUGAAGUGGAAAGGAGUGAAGAGGGAUGGGGUUCUGUCAGCGAUUGAGAGUUAUAACUCCUUAUUACUAACGAUUUUGCACAGUUCGCUAGCACUAAUCCCAGCGGCUAAGCAACCUUAUACUACGUUUUGAUUCAUUGUUCAUAGUUCUCGGGUUAGGUUCCCCAAAAUGGCGCACGGGUGUGUCAAGCUGCUAGUCCACGGACAGGAGCUUCUUUUUUUGGUCGGGCUAAGGGUAUGGUCAUGACGUUUUCUUAUUUUAAUUUAUCGUUUUAACAUACCCGCAUGUUUGGGGCGUCUCGAGAUUGUCGGUUGCUACGGGAAAAAAAGACGAAAUAGCUCAUAGUAUGGAGAAGAAGAGCUUGCGAUGUUGAUUCGUAGCCGUUGUUGCUACUUGAGAAAAUGGACUGAUAUGGAGCGAGUUGGUGGGCUGGCAUAAGAGAUAGUUGAUAUUAGAAUGAGAUGAAGCUAGUCAGCCGUAUUGGAC